AUAUAAAGAUUGAUCAAGUUGAAAAAUAAUAUAACAACACAAUUGAAAUUGAAUCAAGUGACUUGUCCACUCACAACAACCAGUUAAACAAUAUCAAAAUGUACACUUCAAUGAUCUUCUUGUUCGCCCUUGUUGGCUCUUCUUUCGCUGGAAUCGUUGAUUUCAAGCCUUGCGAAGGCUCAGUCAACGUACCCCAAGUUGUUUUAAUCGAUGGAUGUGAAAGCUUCAGCUGUGAUUUAUCUGUUGGCCAAACUGUCAAUGUUCAACUUGAAUUUGUUUCACCAUCCAAUGCUGCCACAGUUCAAGCCGUUAGCAAAGUUGGUCAGGAAUCAUCUACUGCCCAAGCUUGUGGUAAUGGAUUAAACUGUCCACUCCAAGCUGGUGAAUACUAUGUCCACAAAGGUUCAUUCACCGUUGGUAAAUCCAGUGUUUCCUCAAAAUCAAUGACCUACCAACUCAAAUCUGAAGACCAAACCUUGGUUUGCUUCACUUUCCCAAUCACCGUUGCUUAAAUGUGUUUUAUACUCAUUCAAUAUUGUGAUCGAUGUUUUGCGUUUUGUGAGUCAACAGAAUGAAAUUUAUCGAUUAAAAUAAACGUCUAUUUUAUAACAUUUAAAA